AUGACGACCGAUCAAGCCGCCGAAAGAGAGCUUCAGUCCUCCUUGCUCCGCAUCUCAAUCAUUUGCGCUUCUUCGAUCCAGUCGUUGCGUGAACCGGUUCAGCCCACCAUUCUUCCAGCCGAUAAUCAGUCAGCAUCGCCCUCCACAUCGUUACCGCCCACAGCGGAAAAGCUUUCUUCUCAGAUCGUAUCCGAUCUCACACAGCUCCUCGUCCUUGUUCAGAAACACACCACCAACCUUGCUCUCGCGCUCAAGCCCAGCGCCAAGUCGACAGCAGCGCAAGCUUCGUCUGCUCUGUCGCCCGUGUCAGGCCUCGACGCAAAAUCACUUGAAGCAGCUCAGGCGCAGAUCGUUUCACUCGGCUCUGAUCUGCUCCCCAAGAUCAUCUUCAUCGCAAAGAAAGCAUGGAAGGACCGUCAAGUCUUCCAGCAGCGGCCUAAAUCCGACCACAGUGACCCCGCUCAGAUCGCAGAAAGGCACAAACUCGAACAGCUCGCAAAUGAGAUGGGCGGUCAGCUUAUGUCGGCCGAGCAGCUCGGCUUGCCACCUUCGCAGCGCGAUGAUCUCGAAAAGAAGCUCGAGUAUUCUCUCGGUAACUCUUUCGCCCGCGAGAUCCGCUCCGCUGUAGAAGAUGUACUUGGCUCCAUGGCAGAUCUUCUUCACUCUCUCCUCGACGAUCGCGCAAGAAAGGCGCUCGAGCAUGCAUCCCAGGCUCGUGACCGCGCCGACGGUUAUAUCGCCGGGGUUAACAAAAAGCUCAAUUCGCUCUCUGUCAGCGCCAACAAUGACGUCGCCGAUCUCCGCAAGCGCACUCUUGCAGCUAACAACCUUGUCUGGGAGACAUGUGCCAAGUACGUUGGCGAGAGAAACGCCGACGGUACCGCACGCACCGUCACCUCGGUCGGCCCUAACGGCGUCCGCACAAAGGUUCACAUCAAAGGUCUCAGCAAAUCCAACCUGGAAGCAAGCAAGCGCAGCUGGAACAACCGCGUCGAUCUUAUGCGCGACGGUCUGCAGGAACUCCAACAAGGCAUUGAGGCGGAGUCGCAUGCAAACGCAGACCUCAACGACGACGAACCCGAUGAGUUUUCCUUCCCCGCCGCUACCCCCCUCUCUGCUGAGCAGAAGGAUCGUCUUCGCCAGCUCUCCAACUUGGUCAAGAUGGGCAACCUUACCCACGAAAACAUUCUCAAAGAAGUUGCCAAGUCGAGUGCCGCUCAGAGCAGCAUUGAUCUGGACGAAGUCGAGGAGCUUGGCAAACAAAUCGAAGAGGCCCAAGACGAGCUUGUGGCCGCAUGCCUGUACGGUGAGGCUGAUGCAGGUCUCGAGAUAAACAUGUUCGACCACGACGCUAACGAGGACGAGGAUCUGGACAUUGCAAAUGGUUCGGUUGCCAACGAUACCGACGCUGACGCUGAUCUGACCGAGGAGCAGGCCAUCCAAAAAGCCAUCCUGCGCACUUUCGAACAGUACGUUCAGGCCGUCGUCGGUCUCUCUGCCUAUGUUACCGACCGCGAGGAGCUGGUGGACAAGGUCAACAUUGCUUCCGCCUCGGACGAGGAGGGCGACUUUGCGCACGUCUUUGCCGCCAAGUUCAAGCAGCUCUCCAAGGUGCUCUCCGAAGCCAGCUCUGGCAUCGCUCUUGGCACUUCAACCACUUCGAGCCCAGUAAGCACCGACACACGUUCCUUGGCCGUAAAGCACUCGCCUGUCGUUCAGGCCAAUGAUGAUUUCAGGACCGAUGUCUUUGUGAGCGAGCUUCAGUCGAUCGCCGACAAGCUGGGCUUUGGAGCUAAGAUCACUGACCGUGCAGUCGCAGAGCACCUCGACAGCGUCGACCCCUUGCGCCGCAUGCGCGAGGGCUACAUUCUGCCCAAGUUCAAGGACGUGUGCAAUGCAGACUAUCCGUCCACCUCAGCCGAGACAGCUGCCGAUGCAGACUCGCUUUACAUGUGCGGCAACUCGCUCGGACCGCUCUCACGCCUGGGCAAAAAGUAUCUCGAGCAAGAGAUUGAAGCUUGGGGACGCAUGGCUGUCUUGGGUCAUUUUGAACACCCGUACGGCACGCCCUGGACGCAGAUGGAGAAGCGAGUUGGAGAGCUCUGUGCCGAUGUGGUUGGUGCCAAGGCAUCUGAAGUGGUGGUAAUGGGCACCUUGACGGGCAACCUGCAUUCGCUCCUGGCCACCUUUUACCGCCCAGCCACCAAGCCGUUCGGUAUUGACUUUGCAGGAGACAUGGACGCGGCCAAAAAGGAGGGCAAGAGGAUCAAGCACAAGAUCAUUUUCGAGCAAAAGGCGUUCCCAUCCGAUCAGUAUGCGCUAGCAUCCGUCAUCGAGCUUAAUGGGUUCAAAGCGGAAACUUCGAUGGUGCCGCUGGUACCCAAGCAGGGUGCCAAGACGCUCGAGACAGCCGACAUUCUGGCAACAAUCGAGAAGUGCGGCAAGGAGGGUGAGACGGCCAUGGUGCUGAUCGGCGGAAUCCAGUAUUUCACAGGUCAGCUGUUCGAGCUCGAGAAGCUUGCAGCCAAAGCGCACGAAUACGGCAUUCUCUUUGGCGUUGAUCUCGCGCACGCAUUCGCCAAUGUGCCGUUGGCGCUGCACGACUGGGGUAUCGACUUUGCGUGCUGGUGUACCUACAAGUACGGCUCUUCAGGUCCAGGUGGCAUCGCGGGUUUGUUUGUGCACGAAAAGUGGCACGAGGCCAAGCUUACGAGGCAAGCGGGCUGGUGGGGACACGAGAAGGAGACGCGCUUUUCGAUGCCAGACAAGUUUGUGCCGACGCGCGGCGCAGAAGGUUGGCAGACGUCGAACCCAUCCAUGCUGGACAUGGCUUCACUGAAGGGAUCGCUCGAAACGCUGCUCAAAGCUACACAGUACGGGGAGCGCAGGCCGAACGAUCAAGGGCUUACAGCUCAAGGCAAGCACGGCAAGGGAAGCAUCAUGCCGAUCUUGAGGAGCAAGAGUCUACGUCUCACGGCGUACCUCGAGGCAUUGCUGCUCAGCCCUGGCUUCUUCCCGGAAGGCUUUGACAUUCGCGUCGUCACACCCAGGGACCCUUUGCAGAGAGGCAGCCAGCUGUGUAUCCAGAUCCCUGACCCGUCGGCUGCUACCGAAGAGAAGGCGCAAGAGCAACAGCAACAGCAAGAUCCAUCACGGGCUGAUCGCAAAGACGUCCCACCUCCCAUCGACGGCAAGCGUCUGAUCGCAAGAGCUCACAAGCGAGCUGAGAAGCAACAUGGUUUAGUGGCGGAUAUCAGGCAUCCGGAUAUGCUUCGGCUGGCGCCUCUGGCGCAGUUCUCGACGUUUACGGAUGUAUGGAGGACCGCUGACGUCUUGAGGCAGAGCUUGCUGGACGAGGUCAAGGCUGAUAUGAGUGCGUAG